CACCAACCUUUUAGAUGAAAACAUUAUCCGUUCUAAAACUCUACAUGUGUGUCAGACAGCUUUGAUGGUCUCACACUCACACCUACAGGCAGCUGUGCCCUGCCCAAGUUGUCUUUCCUCAUCAGAAACCAGAAGGAACAGAAACCUCUCACUGCUUUCCAUUAGACUUGUUUGUGUAGAUACUGGUCUCAAAGGAAGAAAAUGGAGGAUUAUGAAAACAGCAGUAGAGACUACAACAUCACCGACUAUACAUACGAGGGAAUGUGUCCAAUCGAGCGCAGACAGGAAAUGGAGAACUUCCUCCAGUUUUUUGUUCAACCCAUCAUUUGUUUAGCUGGUUUCAUUGGCAACGCCCUCGUAAUUGUGACGUACGCUCUCUACAAGCGAACCAAGUCCAUGACUGACGUGUACUUACUGAACGUGGCCAUCGCUGACAUCCUGUUUGUGGUGGCCUUGCCUUUGAUAAUCUACAGCGAGCACCACGGGUGGUCCAUGGGGAACUUGUCUUGCAAGCUGUUGCGUGGCAUCUACAGUGUGAACCUGUACAGUGGCAUGCUGCUCCUGGCUUGUAUUAGUGGAGAUCGCUACCUUGCCAUCGUACAGGCCCGCCGGUCCUACCGGCUGCGUUCAAGCACUCUGCUUUACAGCCACCUGAUCUGUGCAGCUGUCUGGAUGUUGGCCUUGCUGCUGUCACUGCCCACCUUCAUGUUUUAUGAGCGUUACCAAUCCGGCCAAAUUGAAUCCACCGUUUCAAGCAGUGAAGCUCAGAGUUAUGUGUGCUUUUUCAUGUUCGAGUCGAACGAAACUGCACGUAUGAUGAAAACUGCGGUGCCCAUCUCUCAGAUUGUGUUGGGUUUCCUCUUACCGCUGCUGAUCAUGGGAUUCUGUUACACCAGUGUCAUUGUCACCCUCCUUCGAGUCAAGAACUUUCAGAGACACAAGGCUGUGCGUGUGGUCCUCACUGUGGUCCUUGUGUUUGUGGCCUGCCAUAUGCCUUAUAAUAUCGCACUGUUGUAUUAUACCAUCUACAUAUCUGAAAUUCAGGAUUGCAACCAUGAUGAGGCUGUCACAAUGACCAUGAGCAUCACGAAAAGCUUGGCGUACCUGCACGCUUGUCUCAAUCCCCUGCUCUAUGCCUUCAUCGGAGUGAACUUCAGAAACCACUUCCGGAAGAUCCUACGGGACUUCUGGUGCUUGGGGAAGAGCUACAUGUCAGCGAGACGCUCCUCACGGGCCACCACUGAAAUGUACAUUUCCACGCGCCGCUCUGUGGAUGGCUCGUACAGUGAAAAUGGCACUUCUUUUACCAUGUGAUUUUAUGCUAAUUAAGUGACUGACAGACUGAUUAGCAUUGAUCAAAAAUGGAAAUUCAGUUAUCAGUUAUUCACCUUCAUGACAUUGUCAUGCAAAAAAGUCAUAUUCAAACACACACACACACACAUAUAUAUAUAUAUUUAUAUUGGACUGGGACAGCAUGAGGCUGAGUAAAUGAUGGAUCAUUUAAUUUUUUUUUAAAGAAAUAAUUACAAUUACAAACCAUAAAGGGAAAAUGAUUAUUUCUAUGUGUUACAGCAAAAUAUCAAUGAAUUUUGUAAUUGACAUGCUCCAUAUGUAGUACUAAUGCAGAAUGUUUUUAUUUUUCUAUAUGUGCUAUUUAACUUUUGUACAUAGAUUCUUUAACAUUGCCUAAUGUAUCUGAAAUAUAAAAACUGUAAGUUUUAUGUAAAUAAAUUAGGCAAUAUACUGCAACACAAUAACUAAAAACUGAAGGGUAACAUCCUGAAAUGAGAUCCAGUGCUGAGAACCAAUGCGCCGAGUCUCACCAUCUAUUUAUAAUUUUAUUUAUUUUUUAUAACCUUGUAGGUUAUUUGUUGUAGGUGCUUGUGCUGCAAUAAUACAUGCAUAAUUAUUCUCUUUUUCAUAAGUUAAAAAAAAUAUUUUCAAAAUAAUCACUAGUUUUGGAUGAUAUUGAAAGUCUUGCACGUGCCAUGACCUUUGAAACGUUAUCUUCUCUUUGAUCUGUAUACAGGUUCUCAUAUCCUCUCAUAACAGUCCUCUACAAAAAGUAGUUCCUUCCCCCAAACAGUUAUCUUCCACAUAUCUGAUAAUUACUGACAGUAGUGUUGUGCUGCCAAAGCUUUUU